CAGCAAGCAAGCGCUCUUGCCUGUUCUUGCCUGCGAGGAUCAAAACAAACAAACAAACAAACAAAUAAGAGGGCCAAAGCUGCGUCCAGCGCCAUGGCCUCACAACAAUGCGUGGCUGUCUCCGCGCCCCCUUCUAUUGACUUCUAUCCGUUGCCACUUCACAUACGGCGCAAAUCCCCCGAGGCAGCUUUCUACAGCCAAAUUGAUCGCAAACUGACUUCACCUCCCCUCCGCAACAACGACGGGCCGCUCGACGACAUCAUUAAACAGAUCUCCUGUGAGCUUUUGACUGUUCCAUACAAGCCCAGUUCCGCGCGAAGUUCCUGUGGAAGCGAAGACUUUUUGGAGUCUCUUCUUGGCUGGCAAGACCCGUCCGACCACCUCCUCUCACACACCGUGUUGCCACUGCCCGUGAGUAGGAGACCAAGCAACCAGCCUUUGAUCGUGCGCAAACAUCGCAAUAGUCGAUCUACCGCGUCAAGCUCCUGUUUGAGCAACACCAUGGGUUGGUCACUGGGGAACAGCCGGAAAGAGUCGACCAACACGAGCAAUAGCUCUGCAAAUCCGCGCGCAGACAGCCCACCCCCGUCACGGCCACUUGCAUCUGACCCCAAUGUUUCCGAGUCCAAUCCCGCAGCCGGCAGCGACCACGCUCGACUAGUUCCUGGCCCGCGCGCCCCGCGAAACGAUGACCAAAACAAGGAAUCCACCUCACGCAAUCGACUCUUCUCGUGGGGCCUUUCGCGCUUUCGACGGUCACACACAGAUGACGUCGAGAAUGAUGAGCCGGCAGGUGCUCGCCGGCCAAUCAUGAUUGAACACCUUAGGCCGGCACCAAUUAGACGCCCAAUGAUUGACGUUACUACUGGGGUUAUCUUAAACCCUUUAGAUUCCGUCCAGUCGAGACCAGAAGGUAUCCAAGAGCGACCUGUUAACCCGGGGCUUGUUUCAACUUUGGGGGCAAACAUCUGCAUCACCCCCGCGGACAGGAUGAUAUUACACAAGACACCUGUGCAUGAGAUGUGGGCAGCAGUAGAGGUCCAAGGGGUUUUACACAACGGCAUGAAGUCAGCCGAUGAGACGGUGGAUGUAGCAUUCAUCAUCGAUAUCAGCUACUAUGUGGGAAAAAACUCCUUGGCACUAGUGAAAAAGGUAAUCGUAGAAACACUCGACUUUCUAAAUCCUGGCGACAGGAUCGCGGUAUAUGCUACUCAUUGUACCCACGGAGCUGGCACAGACACUAUCCCAGAUAUGUUGUGCUCCCUCCGUGCUGUUAAUGACGAUACAAAACGCCGUUUGGGUGACGUACUGUCACUCACCGAGAAGAAUGGAACUCAAAAGUGGUUUCCUCCACGUCCCAAUCCAUCCACCACGAAUGUGGUUCUGGCCGUUGCAAAAUCGCUAGAGAUGGCGGCAAACAGGAAAGAUCGCACCCACGUAAUUAUGUUGUCCCCGACUGUCGGACACCUCCAUAACAUAUUGCCGGUGUUUCCCAGGCUGCGCAUCCACCAAAUUAAUGUCGCUAUCUUACCGUAUCUGCACAUUGAAGACCCGCAGGAAAAACCGUGCAAUCUGCCAUGCUGCAAGAACGUUUCGGUCAACGGCUGGCAAAAUUUUGAGCUACCCACGUACAGGAUCAAGCAGAUUAUUCACUUUGCUCGGAGCGCGAAGCCAAUAGGUGAUCUCACAAACCUCAAAAUCGUGAUCGAGGCCAAAAAGGGCUGUGAAGUACUGACGACCGUGGGUGCAACUCAUCUUGAGACUCUGAAGCUUGGCCAAACUCACACGGUCUUCGUUCGCGUCCGAAUCACGCUGCAGGACACGGAUGAGCUUGAUCUGGAGUCUAGUGAAGCUUUUUGGAACUCAAGCCUGAAUGCGAGUUACUUCCGAGAAGACCUAGGCAAUACUAAAGCCAAAGGCGAUUCAAUAGCCCAUGUCUUGUCGGUUGCACUUAUGAAUCAAAGCUCCCUACAACCACUACCAACAUGGAAUUAUACUGAGGCACAGAUGGCUAUCACCAUGGUUCGGGGUGAAUGGGAAUACCUUGGCGACAGUUUUAUGGAUUUACAGCAUCGUCUCAUCUUUCACUAUAUCCGCAACUCGAGCAUCGAAGAGGCCAAGACGAAAAUCGACUUGCUGGGGUCUGAAUUGGAGAACGAGUUUGGAAAGCCCAAUGGUAUAAUACCAGAUGGGCUUCAGUCGCUCCGCCACAUGCGCCUCACGUUGCUGAUCGGGGACAUGGCCAGGGAGAUUGACCGCCAGGCAGCUGUGCGCGAGUACGAGCUCAAAGACAGGCAGAAAAUCCCCUCAUACCCUAAUCAGGUUCGAAUUGCGACAACGCCUCACCAUUCGCUAGCGGCGACGUUUGAAGGAAGGCAUGGUAGACGCCAUGGUAUGAUAUUUUAG